AUGUAUAAAUUUUGUAAAUAGAUAGUUAAAAUAAAUCAUGUACCAGCCAUUCUAAAUAAAAACAUCAAUAAUGAUUUAGCUUUUAAAAAAGACUUUGAACUUAAUUCUGAAAUUAUUAUCCUAAAUUAAAGAAUUUAAAAUAGAGAUAAACAUAGUGAUCUAUAUUCAUCAAUAUUUGGAGGAAUUAUUAUUACAUUAGGAGUCUAUGCAAUAUAUGAAGUUUAUUUCAGCAAAUCUGAAUAAUAAUUGAAUAAACUUAAAUUCAGUGCUAAAUGUUACUACUCAUGUAAGUAUCUUCAUUUCAAGCCAUAGCCUUUUAUUAAAGAGAUUUGACAUACAUUUUGAAUUAUAUAAAUGAAAUGAAAACAAUAGAAAUCAAAAAUACAGGCUUCAUGAUUUACUUACUUAGUACAUUGAAACAUUAAAUUAAUAAAAGUAAUUACGAUAAUCUAUGUUUAAUCUAUGAAGAAGUUGCUAAAAUAUUAUUUACUCAUGAAACAUAUAUAAAAAUCUAUGCAUAAAAAUACUCUAAAUAUUUUGCAGAUUUAUUAGAUUAUGCUAUUGCAAAUGAUUUACAACUUAAAGAACAACUACUCCUUCCAUCCUUAAUUGCUUAUACAAAUUCUUAAAAUAUUUUAACAGAAAUUUAAUCAUUAUAUAUUCUUACUAAGCAUAAACUAUAGGAUUCCAAACAUAUCGAUUAAUUUUAUAAUCAAUAUAAAAAAGAUAUCUAAACAGAAUAUGUGAAUAAAACUGAAUUAUUUGAUAUAUUGAAAUCAAAUAGAAGUUUAUAGGAUUAUGAAACAUUUAAAUAACUUUAUGAAAAUUCAUUGUAAACUGAAAAACAUAAACUAUUGAAAUAAGUAAUAUAGAAAUAAAAUUUAUGA